AAAUAAUGCACGUCUUCAGCCAGGUCUUUGAGCUUUCUUAAUUGGUCCAAUCAACCCAAACCUAGCAACACCUGUGGUGGUCUUGCUCUUCAAUACCACACAUCUGUGUUCAUUACAAAUAGCAUUUAAUGAAUGCUGCCACUCCGGGAAUAAGAGUUGAUAAGCUGCAAUAUAUAGGCCUAUAACUCGACCAAAACGUGUAGCCUACAUUUAAAAUGGCUUUACAAUUUCAAAACAGCAGUCGCUUCUUCGAGCUCCACUGCUCUACAGGUUUGACUGACUGGGACAUGGAUGAGGAGAUGAAGUUGACCACCACAACAGAUCAGUUUUUUCAAGAAUCCUUCGUGAAGUCAAACCUGUGGCUGAUGGUGAAUCCCAACUUGGCCUGCCCAAUUAAAUACAUGAAACGAUCAGUACAUGUACCUUCAGUUGUCAACGUCCCUGUAGAACUGAAAACGCCCCGACAUGCCACCGAACGCCCUGAUCACAGCACGCUCUGCACUUCAUCGGCUGCGGCUCCCUCCUGCCGUGCGCGAUGCGCGCACGCUUCCUCAUCCACCACCGGCUUCAUGCUUGGAGAUGAAGAGAAGGCAGUUUUGUUGGAUAGUCCGUUGUAUCGAAAGGGGCCAAGCCGACGAAAGGCACGGAUCGCAAAAGACAAAAAAUCCCUGAAGAUGGGCGGCUGGCCACGCCCACCUGUCAACUACUGUAUUCUCAUUGCCAUGGCACUGAGUAGCAGCCACACAGGGAGCCUGAAUGUCCAGCAGAUUUACAACUUCACAAGGGAGCACUUUCCAUUCUUCCAGACAGCCCCCGACGGCUGGAAGAACACCAUUCGCCACAACCUGUGCUUCAGCAGCAGCUUCUGCAAGACCCCCUACCAGCUGUGCAGAGAGGGCAAGCGGAAGUCGUGCUUGUGGCACCUCACACUGGACGGCCGACACCGACUCGGGGACGAGAUCCGCACCUUGACUGGGGAGUCCUUUCAGCAGCUGAAGGGUAGCAUGUCCCGCCCAGAUGUAAUCCAUACCUUGUUCGUGCUGUGAGUAUGACGGGAAUAGAAUCCAAACCAGGUUGCCAAGUGGUCCUUUUGUAAGACUGCAUAUGAAACUCUUGUAAUGGCCAAAAGGUUAUUCUGAAUAAAUAACCAUAUAUGUUGAAUUUUUUCAUAAUUGUAUUCGUUUAAAAAAAAAAAAGUUUUUCUUACACUACCAUCACAUUCUCGGGCACAAGACAAACACAAUCCACUCAUCACUUCACAUGAGUGUUUCUCAGGCAGCAAGUCGGAUGGUCUUUCCAGAGAUGGUCAGGUAGGUCUCAUGCCAUCUAUUUGCAUAGGUGACAUCACCUGUCAAAAAAUGACCCUGUAGGUUGCUCUUUCUCCCUCGCCCAAUUUAUCUAUUGGCCAAGCAAAUGCAUACUGCCUGCUAUCCUGCUAUUCAAAUUGCAGUGAAAUUAUUGUCCGGCCCCACCCAACAAAAGGCUUAAUGCAAUCAGUGAAUCAUCCCUCUAUACAACAGCACAAGGCUCACAGCUGCAAGCCACUUACACAGCCCUACUUAGGUGGCAACAGGAUCAUGGAAAAGGCGUGGACUUAGUAAGCGGACAGAACCGGAUUGGAUGAGGAUGAAGCGUGUUCUCCUUGUAGCGCUCCUUCACGUCCUCUUUGACUCGAGGAAUUUGUGUGUUUUGGGAUCGGUGAUUAGAAUAGAUACUACUUACAAUUUCGAGUUACCUUCAACCUGGCUGGAGGCCAGAGAACACUGCAGGUAUUGGUACUGUUUCAUUGUCAGUCUUUAAAAUCCCCAAGAAAUAAGCUAAUAAUUUGAAUAAAAUUAAAUCAUUAAUGUAAUGCUAACCUGACAAUUUUUUGGCAAUGAUUCAAGUGAAGAUAAAAUAAUUACAUUUCGCUAAUGGACUAAGGACUGAUGCAUAUUUACCAUUAUAUAUUUUGAUGUACCAAGUAUCAUUAAAACAUUAAUUUCUUUAACCCUUAUGUCACAAUAGGUCACAUUCCGGAGAUUUAGCCUUACUAACUCAGCAGUCUGACGUUGACCUUCUUGACCCCUACAUUUAUCUGUCAUGGAUUGGCCUGUACAAGGCUGCAGACGGUGACUGGAAAUGGUCUGAUGGAAAAAGUUAUGAGAACGCGUGUUAUAAAUGGCUACUUGGUUGCGAGGAUAAUAAUGGAGACUGCAGCCGCCAACUCCACAGAGGGCAGUAAACAUCAGUCCCAAGACUGUGAUGACAAAUUGUUCUUCUACUGCUCUAACGUGGACUCUACCGUCACAUUCGUACCGAUGGCCACAACGUGGGAGAACGCCCGGAAUUACUGCCAACAACGUCACAAAGAUCUUGUUACCCUGGAGAGUGGGACAACUGCCAACAAUCUUUCUGAUGAUCUAUUCUAUAUCUGGACAGGACUACACAGAGCUCAACCUGGUGCAGACUGGGAAUGGAGCAUUGGCCGUGCAGAUUAUGAGAACUGGGAAGAAGGGAAUGGGCCAGCAGAGGGGGACUGUGUUGGUCUCUCCAAUACGGAGAAUAGUAUGACUAACUUAGACUGCAAUUCAACAUUGCCCUUUUACUGCUACUUCGACAACCUGGUUUUGGUGAAGGAGAACAAGACCUGGGAGGAGGCACUUGAGCACUGCAGGGCCAUGGACUUGGUAGACCCCCAACGCAAUGAUCUGAUCAGCAUCAGUGGUCCAUUGGAUCAUCACACUGUGUGGUUCCGAAUCAACAAAGCCACAACAAACGAGGUUUGGACCGGUCUUCGCUACCUUGCUCACAAAUGGUUUUGGGUUGAUGGGACUGAUGUGCCAUACCUGAACUUGCCGACCUGUCCUGAUCUAGGGAAACAUUGUGGAACUGUUGAUAGGGACAACAGCACCAUACCCUGGAAUAUCAGAGACUGCAACGAAAAAAGAAACUUCCUCUGCUACAAGAAAUAUUGAUGAGUAUAUAAUAUAUGUAUAAUAAUGUGUCAAGUGUUGUAUGCAAACAAACCUAUUAUGUAACUGAUACAACACUGAAAGCUUCACAGAAGGUUUCUGACAUUUCAUUCAGACGAUUGCGACAAAGGGAUUUAACUUUUAAUGCACAUCGUUGUGGUUUUAUGUGGAGGGGAAUACACUGUUGCCAGUUUACACCCUUUUGCUCACUACACAACACACUGGCUAGAUCAUGGUGAAGAUGUGAGGAAUAGAACCUGGACAUGCAAAGUUUAUAUGUAGCUGAACAGAAACACUUUAGUGUCGUACUAUCCCAUCGCACACGACUCCUUCAACAUCCGUGGAGAUGCUUGCUACUUUGCAAUUGUUUCUACAUGUCUAAAAGAUUAUGUGUAAAACUGCAGUCCUUUUUUCAGGAUCCUGGAUUCUUCAUGGAUUCUAUGAAGGGACUUGGUAUAUAAAACGUCCUUUUUCCAAAUAACUGAUCACUGGUUUUAUUUCCCAUGAACCUUGUUUGAAGUGGGAAGCCGGAACGAUAAUAAAAUAUAUAUUUUUAAUAAUACAAUUAUGGGGUUGGCCUGAAAAUCCAUGCUCACUGAUUUGUAAACCGUGCUCUCAGACAAAUCUGUGUUUUUGAAAUCUGUUCUCCGGGAUUUGGUUUGUUCCACACAGGAAGCAUUGGGAAGUUGAACGCAAAUCUCACCGACAUUAAUUCUUGUGUGAUAUAGUCUAAAAGGGUGAUGCAUGAUGUAAACCAGGCCUAUUCAACUAGCGGCCUGUGGGCCAAAUGCGGCCCCUCUUAAUUUUUUUCUGGCCCGCAAGAGGUUGCAUGCAAAAAAUAAAUAAAAUAAAGGAGAAACAUAGUUGCAUGCAAAUCAGGUUUCUGUGUGUAGCUGGUGAUACUAG